GAGAGCCAGGUUUUUACACCUUGAGAAAAUUCACUGCCCCGACCGGGGUUUGAACUCGCAGCAUUCAUUGGACAGUGCAUGAUGCCUACCACUGGGCCACGGAGGCUCCCAUAUGUGUGGAACUGUCGACCGGGGUUAUUGAUGGUGGAUUUCAGUCAUCAGUGUCACACGCAUGCAUGGAGGACAUAGAGUCACUGUUCUCCGUGGAAGUUAUUGUUGACAGCGUGCGUCUCUUCCACGGUGCGCAUUGCAUUUCCCCUGCCGUCGCAUUCAGGUUGUUGGACCUGCCCAGCUUGUUAAUCCAGCCGUCGAAACCCAGACAAGCGGAGCGGCACGGGCAUGUUUCGGGCACAGAUACGUGCAGCCAUAUCUACUCGCUGACGGAAAGAGAACCAGGCAAGGAAACGGGUUGCAUAAGUUUUUGUCGAGGGAAGUCAUGCCUCUUCAAAACGUCGCUGCGAGUGCUUGCAAGCGGGCUCACAAAUACACCAAUGUAUAUUCUGCUCAUAGAUGGACGCCGGCUUGUUGGAAGCGUCGCUCUACCCCUAGUCACGACGCUGAGCCGCAUCAGGAGCGACACGCGGCGGUCUGGUCUAGAACUGCCGUGUGUUCACGGUCACCGUGGCACGUACACGCUACACAAUGCUAUGGGCACCACAGUCGGUGAGGUCGUCUGCUCGUACAGGAUAGGCAGUCUCGGUUCGGCUCUCUUGGGGCACGUGCACGAGGGCAGCCUCUCUGCCAUUCGGUCGCAGAUCAAAGCUGCAGUUGCUACUGGUGAAACAGUGUCAGUAGAGGUGAGGAGCGCCUCAAGUAUGAGUGUCAGACAACAGCCUGCUGAUGAUGAAAAAUCACACUGCAUCAGUAUUCGAAGUAUUGCAGCGCCUGAACAGAAAUCUCUGCAAGUCUGUGCGGAAGCGUCUAGUGAGGAAGCAGUGCAAGGACUGCAGUUGUCUCAGUCUGUAAAUGUAACAAUGGCAAGCCGAGACGCACCAGCUCAUCCAGUGACUGUUCGUAACGACAGGAAUGUCAUGUUGCCUGCGCCUCUGUAUUAUCAGUCACACUCUCUUCAGCAUACAGUGCAGAGUUAUUCGGGCAACAUGGCUGACCCCAUGGACAUCUCCUCAGAGAAGCUGCUGUGGCAGCGUCUGAAACCCGAGAGAGAUGGGGUAGAGGAAAAAGCUGAUGAGACCAUAAGUGGUGAUGCUGCGAUUUCCUCAUCCCACCAUGAAGGUGUCCCUGCUGUUUCACCUCCAAAUUCUCACAAGGCUAGCGUCCCUGUGGUACAACCGCACAAGACUUCAUCAACAAUGCCAGGUGGCAGGUCGCAUGGCGAUAUUUCUCUGCUGAAAGCAUUGCUAGAACAGCUGAAGAUUGCAUGUGGGGAACUCUCACCUCACGUAGAUACUGGCAAAUCCUGUAGAAAUGGUGUGGAAUCUGCAACCACCAACACUCUGCACCAUCAGCAGCAGCCACUAUCAGUGAGUGCUCACAGAGGGCGGGGAAGACCAGCUGCUGGCCUUAGGAUGCAGACAACCAAGGAGCAAAGUGCUAACAAGAAGUCAAGAUCAGCUCCAACGUCCAAUUUCCAACCGGAACGGAAACUUAAAGUGAUGUUAACAAAGACAGUGCGACUUAGAAUGGCACAAAAUAAGCCAAUUGCAAAAAACAAGAUUCUACUGGAGUCGUGCGUUAGAGACAAGUACGCUAGAAAGAGACCUCAACAUAGAUCUCCACAAGCUCAUGAUGUUGGCAUCAUGACAGAUGCUCAACUGUUUGAGCAGAAAAGAAGAGCUAGCAGCGUUGCACCCGAGGUUGAGGUAAUAUCUGAAAUUGAUCGUUUAUCCUCCUCAUUAGAGAAACAUGUUAGUCAGCCAGUCGGUAAGAUACCAAAAAUUAGAAUGUGCCCAAACUGCUCUACACAGCUAGAUUUGGGAGACACAACUGUGCUUGGCAAGACACCAGCAGCAUGUGGUUUUGAAGACCACAAUAGUAAAAAUGCUAGAACAGCUUCGACUCCUCUGUCAUACAGAGAUUUGGAGAAAAAAUCUACUGCCCCAUCGGACAGAGCAGUAGGAAGUGUCACAACCCCUCUACAUGGUGAAGAUGUAGAGAGGGACACCAACGCUUCAUCGGACAAUAGUGUGGGACAAGUCACGGUGACCAACCCAGAAAAUGAGUCUGAGAACAAUGCAGCUGAUGUCUAUUCGCUAUCGUUUGAUUCAGAGAUGUCGCAUAGUUUGGUAACAGAUACGUAUCAUGAGGCUUACACCAGCCUUGCUAGUUCAAAGAGAUUGGUGACAGGCAAGUCACAGAGCUUCCAGAGAAGUAGCUCCGUCAGCACCGUGACAGACGGAGUAGUACCAGAAUCACUUAUUGAUGAGAAUUCAUCACAAGUAUCUACCAGCCCUGACCAUUCGGGGAAGAACAGCGAGGAUUCUGUAAGUUCCGCUGAUAUAGGCACACCUGUGUCAAAUUCUGGGGCCACGGCCUUCUUCAGUGGAGCAACGACCAUAGUCCCUGGGUUACGUACGAUCCAGGUUCUACCAGCUGAUACGCGAGCUUACGAACAUAUUAUCAGUGCCGAGAAGAGUGGCAGCGUAAAGAUGACAAAUGCCAUCUCCGAAACUCCUAUCGAGCCUGUGCUUGCUGCGGACGUUCAACCUGAUGGGCACUCCUUGAGUAACAGUGGAUAUGUAGAGAAUAAUCUGAGAAGCGGACAGGUGGUUGUGUCUGAAGCACUCGGGGCAGCAGCGGGGGCAGGAAACGAGAGCUCCACCCAGCCUACCGAUGUUGCACAAACAGUGACACCACUUGUCGUCCAACCGUCGCCUAACCUAGUUAGACGUAUCCAGUCGCGCACCCUACAAAAGCAACUUUCGGUCCGGGACGAUGACGUAAAUUCAUCGGCUGAGAGCACAGCUGUCGUCCGCCGCACUGCUCCGACGUUGACGCGCUCCCAGUUGGGAAGGACGAGGGUGUUACAGAGGACAAUCCACACCGAGUCAGUGAGCUCUUACGCUCCGUCUGUCGACGCGAAUGAUAUGGCGACAAGCUCUGUUGGGUCGGCGUUUGAAGUUCAGGGACUAAGUACAAGUACGGACAGCGACACUUGAUCCAUUACACCGUGACUGAAUUACAUGCCAUUAUGGGACAGACUCCUUGGGCCACUGAAGGCUACAUGACAAAUGAUGGCUGCAUUAGCCGAUGACGCUUCCUGCUGACAGGUUCUUAUAAAGUACUGGUUCUGCUUAUAACUGACACUGUGCCCUCUACAUUUACUCACUGGCCAUUUCAUAGCCAUAGUUUUUCGUUAUGCAAGAAAAACAUUUUGCCAAAUGAGCAUGUGCAUGCACGUUUAGUUUGUACAUCGUGAGUUUAAACUAUGUAUAGUUGUGUAUAAUCUGAAUAUAGAAUAAUUAAUUUGUAGUACAAUAAUAAUUAUAUAUAAUAUAUGAAUAAUAGAUUAAAAGAUGUCAUCUUAA